AGCAUGCGUCACACUUAGAGGAAGGACUAAACUCAGAGAAUAAGAGGAAGCAGCCGACGGAGGAGCCGACAGAAGUUUCAUUUUGACACACAACAGGCUAAAUCCCUCAGACGAGAGACUUUACAUCAACUAAAAGCUGCUCAUGGAGAGCAUUGAACUCAUCGUGUCUAUCGCCUCCCAGAUCUACUCCCUGGUGGAGAAUGUGAAGGCCAACAAGAAGCGAUGCCGUCGUGUUUGCGAUCGCAUCAAAGCUCUGGAGCAUCUGGUGAAGUCCAUCCAGCAGAGAGAGAAGGGACAAACCUCUGCAGACGUAGAACGAUGCCUCAAGGAACUCUCCUUCACUCUGCAAUCAGCGAUGGAGGUCAUGGAGAAAUACUCAGGGGAAUCUUUGGUGAAGCGAGUGCUGAAGUCUGGCAGCCACGAAGACGAGUUCAGCAGCUUGAACGACCGCCUCGACGACGCCUUCCAGGUCCUUUCAGGAUCUCUGCAGGUGGAGCAAGGCAAGGUCCUGCUGAAGGUGUUCGAAAAAUCCACCCGGGAGAAACAGGACGAGAUGGACAGGAAGCAGGAUGACAGCGAGCUGAAGAAACUGCUACUGCAGUAUGCGGAGGAGCAGCAGGUGAUGGUAAACAAGUUGCAGGAAGACAUUAAUAAGAUCGUGAAAAUGUUGGAGAAGCCCUACGAUGUGGGCAUCCAGAUCAUCAAACAGCAGGAGCUUAAAUACGAGCUUGUUGACGGCCUGACCAAGAAGCCCUUUAUGACAACGCCAACCUCAGAGGUCUUCAGAGGAGAGUACCGUAGUUUCCCAGUGGCCAUCAAGAGAUACACUGACCCUGCGACCACCAGCAUAAGCGAGGUGAGUAGAGGUUUCAAAAAGGAUGUGGAAACCAUGAAAGUGUUUCAGUCGCCCAACAUCCUGCGAAUGUUUGGCAUCUGUGUCGAGGACGAGACGGGACCUAAACCUCAUUUUCUCAUCAUCAUGGAGUACUGUGAGAAGGGAAGUCUGCGGGAGGUUCUAGACUCUGGUUGCACACUGAGCUGGAACCAGAAAGCUCGUAUGUGCCGGGACGCAGCGCUGGGACUUUACCGACUGCACCAGUCUGAAGAAAAAUGUAAAGUUCAUGGAUGCAUCAACAGCAGCAAGUUUCUGGUGGCUGACGGCUACACAGUCAAGCUGGGAGGCUUUGAGUUCACACAAACUGAGACGUCUCUGAGAAAGCCAAAGAGGGGCGGGGUCAACAGGUCCUUCACCUACUCCUCUCCUGAGUUGCUGGAAUACAUUAACAACUACAGCAAAGAGUGUGAGGUUUACAGCUUUGGAAUCGUCCUCUGGGAAGUUGCAACUGGACGCAAACCUUUUGACGGUUUGACCGUUAAAGAAGUCUAUCAGAAAGUGUUCGUAGAAAAAUACCAGGAGCCGCUUGACGACUGUCCCAAAGAACUAGAACUUCUGAUCAACGCCUGCCGGGCCUACGAUCCCUUCCAGAGACCGUCUGCUGGAGUGCUGGCGGAUAAACUGAAAACAUGGGUGACACAGUUGGAGAAGGUGUAAAGCCUUCAUGCCUCUCAGUCUGCAGUACUCAGGGUUUCUGAUCAUGGAUAUCCUCAGGGCCCAGGAGUUCAACACUUGUAAUCCCUAUCUGAUCUGAUCAGAUUUGGAUUUUGGGGAGUUCAAAACCAAAAAACAGGAUUAGGAUCAUUUUGAUAUCAGAUCAGGAAAUCCAAUCCAAGCUUUAAUCUGGAUCAAAUCUUCAAAACGGGUAGUUCAAACCGACAAC